AUGCGACGAAGUGGUCUUACUACUUAUGGCACUGCUUACGGUCCUCAUUACGGUUACGGGGAGAUUGAAAACUAUGGCUCAACUUAUCAAUCUGUUGCAGGGGGAUAUCCAUUCGGUUACGGUAGAACUGAUGAACCAUUGACGACAACAGUGGGGUCUCCUCUAGGUGGUUUAGGUAUUCUUGGUCAACAAGAACUUCGUCGAUAUGGUCGUAUAUAUCCAGUAGGCUUUAAUCCAAUGCUCCAACCCGGUUUGAGUAGAUCUAAAGUUCGUGUAAUUUUUGUGCCUAAUCAUGUAUUAAGUGCAUUUCAAAAUUUACGUCAACAAUACGGCGGCGGAUUUGUAAAUCCUUUCAUUAGUAGUUUCAACCCUUUUAUGAAUGGUUACGGAGCACUUGGAAUACCACAAAUGAUGCCACAAAUGGCUAUGUUUCAAGGACCAAUGUCUCCAAUGGGUUCGAAUUGUUGCUCCAUGUCAUUUCAAUUACCAUCGAUGGGUUCACAAUUUUCUUCUAGCAUUCCUUAUCUUCCUCCAAUGAUUCAACCAGCUAUGCCUCCAAUGCCUAUGCCUUAUUCACCACAAAUAUUUCCAAUGGUACCACAACAAAUAGCUUGUCCACCUCAAUUUCCAAUUAUACCACAACAACAAAUUUAUCCACAGAGUAUUCCUGGAAACUUCGGUGGAGCUCCAUUUUAUGGAGGCUUUGGUCAAGGAUUACCACUAUGUGGGAAUCUUAACAGCUACCGUGAAUUUCCAAGCAUUGGUGAUAAUAUAUUGGCAAAUUUCAGUGGAAUGAGUCAGCUAGGACUCGGCCAAUCAGCUCUUGCAGCAUACGGUAAUUUUGGUCAAUCAUCUUAUGGUGUCUACGGGCAUCCUGGAUUUGGCGGAUAUAGUCCAUAUGGAUUUCCACCAUAUUGUCAACCAGGAUUCUCUAGUUACGGUCAACAACCUUUCGGUAGUGUCAAUCAGUUAGGACUUAGUGGAUUCCCACAAGUUCAACCGCAGUUCGGUAGCAUUUACCCACAGCAACUAUCAUACAAUACCUUUCCACAACAACCAUACAGCUAUUAUCCAGGCGCUAAUAUCAACUUAUCAAGUGGUCAAUCCCCAUUCAAUGGUGUCUUUCAACCGGGUAUUUUCCCACCAGCUAGCAACUUCCCUUCAAUUAGUCAUGCACAAUUAGGAUCAUUUCCAGGCAGUUCUGGACGAGUAUCCAUUGUAUGUUGUAUUAUCCCUCACUAG